AACCUCGGUAAUUGUAGUCGGGCUCAGGCCUGAGUCAAGGCUCAUUACGGGACAUAAGGGAUGAUCUGGUUGAGAUGAAGGAGACAGCCAUAACAAACAGCAAAGUUCCCAGGAAAAGCAAACAAAACCACCAAUUGAGUCCAUGCAGAUGAGUACGUCACCAACAGUGUCCAAUCACAAUCCAACGUAGAAAGGGGGCGUACGUCAAGUUUAGAUGGACUGCCGAGUCGUGGAGUAAAACCAGAUCCGUCUCUGUAUCUCCCAGCUGUUAAAAGUAAAAGGAUGAAUGAGAAUAUUCUUUGAACCUCGGGAGCUUUCUACAAGUUCCCUGGUGACUGGAUGAAACGAAGCUAAAUUCUUGGCAAAAGACAUGGAUCCCUCAUCCCCUGGCACCACCCCCACCCCAAAGCUUGUUCCGUCCCCCCCACCAGCCUCCACACCGACCCCCAGGUCCACCCCUGCCAGCCCUACCACACCUCUGCCUCAGUCCACUGCCCCUUCCUCAAUCCCUCCAGUCUCCCCCUCUCGCCCCACUUCUGCCUCGCUCUCACCCCCCUCACCCGCACUCUCCAGCCCCUCUGCCUCCCCCCUGCCCCAGCCCGCCAGACCAUGGCCCCAGGGGGGGCGAUCGCAGCUCAAUGCCUCCCCUGGAGAUGCCCCUGGAGAUGCCCAGCCCAGGCCCCCCCCAGCCCCCACACGGCCCAGCCCACCAGCUGAACCAGAGGAGCCAGAAGAGGAACUAAGUAUAGAUGAGCUGGAGGAGAGAGCCAAGUCUGGAGAUGCCAAAGCACAAACCCGGAUGGCACGGUAUCACCUUGCCUUGGCAGAGGAGGGGGAUGAGGAGCUGAACCACUGCACUGCGGUCACCUGGCUGGUCCAGGCCAGCAAACAGGGACGCAAGGAUGCUGUCAAGCUGCUGCAGCGCUGCCUGGCCUCCAGGAAAGGCAUCACGGCGGAGAACUUUGAGGAGGUGAAGAAGCUGUGUACGGAGACUCGCUUUGAGCGGGGCGUGAGGAAGGCGGCUCUGCUCAUGUACUGGAAGCUCAACCCUGACAAGAAGAAGAGGGUAGCUGUGUCUGAGCUGCUGGAGAACGUAGGCCAGGUCAACACCGACCCAGACGAGCCGGCCUCCCCAGGGCCCAUCUCCAGCUCCACCCAGAAACAGAGGAGGGUUCUGGAGAGCCUGGUCAGCAGUGACUCCAGUUUCGAUGUAGGUUUGGAUGACUUUGUGGAGAUCACUAAGAAGUACGCCCAGGGCAUCCCCCCCACUCCCGUCAUGGCAGGCACAGGGGGCGACAAUGACGAUGAUGAUGAUGAAGCUGUGAAGAAUCCAGACGAGCUGCCCCUUCACCAGAAGGUGCUGAAGUUUCCCCUCCACGCCCUGCUGGAGAUCAAGGAGCACCUGAUCGACUGGGCGUCGCGGGCAGGCAUGCAGUGGCUCAGCGCCCUCAUCCCCACGCACCACGUCAACGCCCUCAUCUUCUUCUUCAUCAUCAGCAACCUCACGGUGGACUUCUUCAUCUUCCUCAUCCCGCUGCUGGUGUUCUACCUGUCCUUCUUCUCCAUGGUCAUCUGCACGCUGCGGGUCUUUCAGAACUCGAAGGCGUGGGAGAACUUCCGGGCUCUGACAGACCUGCUCGCCCGCUUUGAGCCGGGUCUGGACCUGGAGCAGGCCGAGACCAUUGGCUGGACCCACCUGGAGCCCUACCUGUACUUCCUGGUGUCGGUGGUCUUUGUAGUCUUCUCCUUCCCUGUGGCGGACAAGGACUGGGUGCCCUGCUCGGAGCUGGCCACUGUGGCCCUGUUCUUCACCGUCACCUCCUACCUCAGCCUCCACGCCUCCGCCCAGCUGUUUGCCCACCGCGCCCUGCUCACCGAGGUCCUCUCCGGGGCCUGCGCCCUCACCCGCCUCCUCCCAGAGUCCCUGUGGGCCCUGCGGGCGCUGGGCACCACCCUAGUGUCAGUGCCCCUGGGGGACAUGGUGUCUGUGAACCUGGGCCUGCCCUGGCUGCUGUACGCCAACCUGUUCUACCUGCUGUUCCGCAUGGCCAAGCUGCGGGGCUUCCGGGGCAUCUACCUGUGCCUGGUGCCCUACCUGGUGUGCUUCACCUGGUGCGAGCUGUGCCUGGUGCUGCUCCACUCCUCCUCCGCCCUGGGCCUCAUGCGCACCUGCGUGGGCUACUUCCUCUUCCUGUUCGCCCUGCCCGUCCUGUCGCUGGGCGUGGCCGCCAUGGUGCUGAUCCAGGUGCUGCAGUGGUUCCUGGCCCUGGAGCUGGCCAAGAUGGCGGUGACGGUGACGGUGUGCGCCGUGCCGGUGGUGCUGCGCCUGUGGACGCGCUUCAGCCUCAACCCGCUGGCGGUGGCCCGCUCGCUGUCCCGCAGCAGCGUGGUCAAGCUCAUCCUGGUGUGGCUGAGCGCCGUGGUCAUGUUCUGCUGGAUGUACGUGUACCGCUCCGAGGGCAUGAAGGUGUACAACUCCACCCUCACCUGGCCCCAGUACGGCAACAUGUGCGGGCCGCGGGCCUGGAGGGAGUCGAACAUGGCCCAGACCCAGAUCCUCUGCUCCCACCUGGAGGGCCACCGGGUCACCUGGACCGGAAGGUUCCGCUACGUGCGCGUCACCGACAUCGAGAACGGGGCCCAGUCGGUCAUCAACCUGCUGCCCGUGUCCAUGGGCAACUGGAUACGCUGCCUGUACGGGGAGGCGUACCCGCUGUGCGACGAGCGGGCCGCCGCAGCCCCCGCCCCGCUCCCCGCCCCCAUGCCCCCUCCGCUCGACCCCCUCUGCAAGCUGAAGGCGCUGGCCAAGCACGAGUGCCACGUGAAGCGCUUCGACCACUACAAGUUCGAGGUGACGCUGGGCAUGCCCCUGGAGCGCACGGCCAGGAACGGCACGUUGGUGGAGGACGAGGACGCCACCAAGGACAUCGUGCUGCGGGCCAGCCACGAGUUUGGGCCCGUGCUGCUGCACCUGAGCACGGGCAGCCUGGUGGAGUUCAGCACGGUGCUGGAGGGACGGCUGGGCUCCAAGUGGCCCGUGUUCGAGCUCAAGGCUAUCCACUGCCUGGCCGGCGACGGCGGCGACGGCCGCGCGCCCAGCCGCCGCCAGUACAAGAUCGAGCACGACUGGCGGCGCUCGGCCCAGCGCGCGCUGCAGUUCGCCUUCGACUUCUUCUUCAGCCCCUUCCUGUCCGCCCGGCUGGAGCAGGAGGCGGACGGAGGCGCCGAGACUGAGGCGGGGGAGCAGGGGGGAGGGUAG